AUGGAUGCUGUUCCUGACGAUCUUCUGACAGAACGUGACCACCACUUUCAAGCGCAGCAGCAACGUCGUCGAGCAGUGGGUCAACAGGAUGGUCAAGAGCCAGGUCCCCGUGUACAAAUUAUGAAGAGGAAUGAAGCCAGUUCAAAAGCCAGUGGCAACAUUUCGGCUGCCACUUGUGCAAAUUCAGAUAAUGGAAGCGAAACUAGUCUAUUUUCACAAGUUCAAGAGGUUAGAAUGCGUAGAGUGCCCCCAAAGAGGACUGAGGAUGAAGCACUUCGCGCACGCCAGGCAACUUGGCGAUAUGCAUUGCAUGAGUUGGGUGAGUCUUGCUUAGUUUCUAUUUUAUUUACUCCACUCUAUUUAUAA